GACAAUGUUGGUAUUUCAAUCACUCUCCUUUGUCUUCCAUAGUUCAAAUACUCUUAAGAACUCCUCAAAGUUGCUUCCUUUCAUGGCAUCACUCACUCUGUCUUAGGUACUGUCAGCUUCUCAUUUUCAAAACCCAUUUACUGGAUUUGGAAUCACUUUCAAGUUCAUCCAUUAUUUCUUGAAUUACAAUGUCACAUUGGGUACAAAUCACCAUCAACUUUUUCAUUUUCAUGUACCCACCAGGAAAGUAGCUGAAACAAAUGAUUAUGCUGCUGUUACAGCUUUGAUAUCUAAUUGUUCAAAUACGAUGAAGAAUUGUUACAUUCGAGUUCCAGUGAAAGAGGAAUUUACAUUUCCUGCAAAUUCUGCUCCCUUUGCUAAUUGCCAUGCAUCUACCAUCGCCGAGGUGGACAAGGAUCACUUUUUACUUGCCUAUUUUGGGGGUACAGUAGAGGGAGCGCCUGAUGUGAAGAUUUGGUUACAGACAUACAAAGAUGGUCGUUGGCAAUCACCUACCAUUGUUGAUGAACAACCCGGAGUUCCCAUGUGGAAUCCUGUACUAUUUAAAAUAUCCUCAGAGGAGUUACUACUGUUCUAUAAAAUUGGUCAAGAAGUUCAAAAAUGGAGUGGAUGCAUGAAGCGAUCAUAUGAUAACGGUGUUACUUGGACAGGAAGGGAACAACUCCCUCCUGGUAUAUUAGGACCAUCAAAGAACAAGCCUAUCUUGCUAGAAAAUGGGAUCUUGCUUUGUGGAUCAUCAGUAGAAAGUUGGAAUUCAUGGGGAGCAUGGAUGGAGGUAACAUCAGAUGCGGGUAGGUCAUGGAAAAAGUACGGCCCAAUUUACAUUGAAAAUACAUCUCUCAGCGUGAUUCAGCCAGUCCCUUUCAGGACUGCAAAGGGGACACUGCGUGUUCUUCUCCGGUCUUUUGAAGGCAUUGGAAGAAUAUGCAUGUCAGAAUCCUAUGAUAGUGGCCAGAACUGGGGAUAUGCAAAGCCCACUGUACUUCCAAAUCCAAACUCAGGUAUUGAUGGAGUUAAACUAAGAGAUGGACGUCUCUUACUUGCAUAUAACACAAUAUCAAGGGGUGUGCUUAAAGUUGCUAUAUCAGAAGAUGAUGGCGAUUCAUGGUACGAUGUUAUCACAUUGGAAGAAACUGUGGGAAUGGAGUUCUCCUAUCCGGCUGUUAUCCAGGCUAGUGAUGGAUCUGUUCACAUCUCCUAUACAUAUAAUCGAACACAAAUUAAGCAUGUUGUUCUUCAACCAAAUUGAUGCACGGACGAUUACUGACAAAUUCAGAUAAUCAGAUGGUGAUGACCAGCUGAAGAGCAUUAGGGAAACAACUUGUACAGCAUACAUCCAACAUUCUUGGCUUUUCAAAGAUGAAAAGCUAGAGUCCUGAAACAUAGAAUUCAGAAAGCCUAAACUGUUUUUUCUCAAAGAAUUAUAAUCAGACAACUUGCUGCAUCCCCAGGUUUGAAUCUGCAACCCAGAUUUCCUCGACUUAUAGUUUUGAUAAGUUGAACCCGGAUAACCUUCACGAAACAGUGUUUUGCUGCUGUAUUGACUUCAAAUUAUGUGUUGUGUGUUCCAAACAAUUGAUUUGUUUAGAUAAAAUAAGAGAUAAUCUAAUCUGGUAACAUUGGCUGAGUACAUAUAAUAAAUGGCAAUGUUGCACGGGACCUUAUCGAAUCCUACACAACUGAAACUCCAAAACUUUAUAUUUAUAAAUAUCAUUUUGUCA